AUUAGAUGUAUGUAUUGUAGUAAGAGACAUGUUGUUAUGUUAUGUCCAAAGCUCCACGCACAACCGAAGAUCUGUGAGCAGAACACAACAGAAAAACAUUGUGAAAACAAUAAGGAAGUAAACAAUAGUUUCAUAAGUAAUGACAUAACUACCUUGUUACAGACGCUAGUAGUCAAAGUUUCUAAUGGUAAACAAGAGAAGAAAAUAAGAAUACUUCUAGAUUCUGGUUCACAGAGGACAUAUAUAAAGAGGGAGCUGGCAGAAGAUCUUGGACUUCAGGUAACAGGCAACGAGAACCUCAGCCACUCGUUAUUUAGCGGUGUGAAGAAACCAGCAAAAAUGCAUAAAGUCUUCAAGUUUAGAGUAAGUAGUUUAGAUGAUAAGUUUCAUACUACUAUGACAGCAUUAGAACAAGAUGUGCUUUGCGGAAGUUUACCCAAAGUGCAAGACCCAAAGCUGAUAGAAAACUUGAGGAGGCAUCAGAUCUGGUUAACUGACGCAGCGGAAAGUAUCAAAGAUAUUAGUAUAUUAAUUGGAUCGGAUCAAUUAGGUUGCAUUAUUAAAGAAAACUUCAUUCGGUUAGAUGACAAUUUAGUAGCAAUACCAACAAAACUGGGGUGGACACUACAAGGCCCAGUUCAAGGAAGUAAAUUGGAAAGAGUUAGAAGAAGAAACAAGCUCUUACAAUAUCCAAUGGAAGUUUUCAGCUCCAGCAGCUCCCUGGUGGGGAGGGUGGUGGGAGCGAAUGAUAAGGGAGAGAUGGGUGUACAAGAACAGCUAGAGUUAAAACAGCUUCAGGAGAAAAGGUGAGACCGUAUCAAAGAUUAUUUCCUCUUGAAGUCUCAGCAGUCUCUCAAGAAUGGCUCAACAAUGUACCCAUACAUAAAGGGCCUUCAGACACAGGUAAUGUGACGAGUGAUGCUAGUAUUAACGAUAACCCUCCCUCAGGUAUUACAACGAGGUCAGGACGCACAAUAAUGCCUCCAAUUAGGUUUUAGUUUAGAUUAACAGAUGUUGUUGAAGUUCUGACCCUUGCUGUUGUUUUGGUCGCUUUUAUAUACUAUGUUGAUUUGAAAGUUGUUGAUUUUUUUUGUGUGAUAAUUUUAUUGUUUUAAAACCUUGUAUGCCUCCCCCGGGAGUGUGUUGUAGAUUAAAACCUAUUUUGUACAAAUGUGUCAAAAGAGAAGUGACGUUUGUUUUAGAGUUUAAGAAAAAUAAGAACAUGUGUCAGAACAUGAAUAAAGAACCUGGAAAUGUGAGGAAAUAAUAGUUUUAUU